CUACACACUAAUUGCAUAUUGAUGCAAGAAAAUGCAGGACAAAAUCAAUAAUCGAUAGAGACGAACCUGCUGAAAAGCGUAAAAUUCAAAUUAAAAUCAACAAAUAGUUGACAAAGUACCAUAGCGUGAUACCGAGUCAUAAAAUAAUACACAAAGGAAUCAAGAAGUGAACAAUCAUAAUGUGGUGUGAUCUCAUUUCGAGUGGCACGGCAGGCAAAUGGGUCCUUGGCGUGGUAAUUGUCACUCACUUAAUCGCUUACAAUGAAACCGGAGGAGUGGGCGCUAUCUUUUCGAUGAUAAUUGCCGGAAUUAAUUCCAUUUUUAUUGUGAAAAUUAAGACCGCAACGAAAAACAUUCAGAUGGGAUAUCUCCGAGCUGCUCAUAAAUUUGACUUUUUUGUGUUGUAUUUGGCCAUUACGAUGGAUAUUUUGUCACUUUUGAUGGCAACGGCGGUACUUGCGAGAACAAUAAGUACUUGUUUGGAGGCAAUGACAGGCGGAUUAGCGAGAAUUUACAUUCUUGGAAGGAAUUCGCCGGAGAAUGAGCCAUGGCCUGAUGUGCUUGGCGUUGGAGUGGUGUUCGUUGUGACGGGAAUGUUCAUGCUUGGACUGGAAAAUACGAAAAUGUUUACGAUUUUGAUGUUUGGAAGUGUUCUCGGCAUCACAGGCAUCUUAUCGACGAUGGUUUGGUUCAAGGGAGAGCAAAAAUAUUGGCAACAAGAGAAGGAUAUCGUUUGUCAUUUACGUUGGAUCAUGUCUGGAUCGAGUUUGUGCACGUUUGCGUUCCCGAGUGACAUUCCAUACAUUGGAAAAUAUCCUAUUUUUGCGAGUUUGGGACUCAUUUGUGCUGUUUUAGCAUCAAAUAUGUUCACAUGCGGACUGUUGAGUACUCUCGUGCAAUACAAUUCAAAUCACGAAUAUGAAGCUGUCCCAAUGCUAACGGUACUCGAGGAGAAAAGUUUCCAUAAAACACUUCCCGUUGUCGCUUGUUUGCUCGUUCUUUCAAGCUCUGGCGCCAUUUUAGACAUCUUUCCGGAAAUGUACAACUUGAUUGUGAAACUCACAAAGCCCGAUUUCAAGGUUUUAUCGAAGCAAAUUGGACAUGAAACGUUCGAAAGUGGAUCUCCAGUUCUCGCAGUCUUUAUCGGCGGCAGUUUAGUAGCGAUGGUGUCAUUUGCAUGCCCAUUAGAAGACAUGAUGUACAUCAUGGGCGGAAGUUACUUGAUAGCUGCCUUCCUUCGUGCUUUCUAUUUGCUCUACCAACCUUUCCGCCCGAAAUAUCUCGUGCAAGAAGGCAAUGCCACGUUAUCUUAUAGUCGUCUCGAUACAUCUUCUCGCAACCAAAAAGCUGAUAAGCGUCUUUUGUGGUUCCUAAAACGUACGGCAACGCAAGCCUAUCAUGCCAUCCCAAAAAGUGACAAAAACGAGCACAUUGAACGAGAAUGGCUUCUGCUCGGGGAGCCUCCAACGUCUCCGCUGCCAAAAACGGGUCAACAAGAGAAUCCAACGGAUGUCGAAUCAACAAUUUUAUCGGAUCCAUCGACGGAGGACAUUGAAUGCAUCGACAAGGAAAAGUCAGAUUCCGAGUCGGCGACUGAUAUUGAUGCCAUUGUCGACGAAUAUCGGCAGAAAGUGAAAGUUUCGACGGCGGGCGUCAAUGAUGUCAUUAAACUUCCAUCGAGUGGCUCAUGGGCUGUUGCUGUUUUCCUUAUAAUGCUCAUAACGGGAGGAAUUGUUGCCACUACUUACGGAAUUUUGUGUGAUCAAUACAGUUUGACGUACGUUUCGAUGGCUUUUAUCGUCGUUGCUGUCAUUACACUUCACAUUCUCCCGAAAUACCAAACGUCGUCGAUUCAUCCGUCGAUUUUGACCUGCAGCGUUGGAAUUAUUUCCUUCGGCAUCUUCUUGGGCAUGAUUGUUGCCGAGUGUUGGGUUCCUCUUGUGAUCUGGAUGACUGCUGCUUUGCUCAUUUUCGUGCGAAUCGAUCGCUAUUGCUGCAUUUGCUUGAAUUCUGAAGACUCGACGGAUGCUUCCAUGAACGAAAUUCUCAUCUCGAAAGGUUGUACAGCCACGGUGCAUCUCACGGGCCAACAGAGCAUCUUGAUGGAUCACGGUUACAUCAGCAGAUGACAAAUAGACACGUCCGACAGUGAGGACUACGAUGGCGAAGAGACCGAAUUGACUGAAUAAACUUAGGAACGGGCUAAAAAAAUAUGAUAUUCUAACUUUUUUCUGCUCAUAAAUGUUAAAAACAAAAAUAUUAUAAACAAUUUUUGUCCUUAUAAUAAUCCAAUAUCAUAAAGUUUCAAAAUUUUCGAUGUAAGAAAACUCGUUGUUUGUACUUUGUAACAAAUCCAAGCCAAAGAACGAUCAUGAAUCUCCAUGUUUAUUCAAUUAACACGAGACAAAAGUAGUUUACAACAAU